UCCGAGCGUCUGGAGCGAGGACCCAGUGCAGGCAUCGCUCAGGUAGUAAAGGGGCAGAUCCGAGGACCAGAUACGAGCAACUGUGGGGCUGCCGAGCUCGCACACACCCUCGGGUUUUCUCCACGGCUCCCCGCUGCCGAGCGUCGGCUCUUCCUGGAAACCAUGGUGGCUAAAAACAGAAAACAGACCGGGAAGAGUCCAGCGACCCAGACUGACCGCGACAAGAGCCCGCUUGUUUCGCCCCCUGGCAAAAGUAACGUUCGGCGACCAGGCAGGGAGAGCAAAGCUUUCAACAGCUCCCAUUCAAACGGGCUCUCGGGCAUCAGACACAAGCUCGGGCUAACUCCCUCCGCGGUCGCGAAGAUGGGAAUCACUCUUCUGCUCGCUGCUCUCACAGGGUAUCUCCACUGGCAUCAUCUCUCGCAGCUGUUCGAGAAUGACAGACACUUCUCUCACCUGUCUAAUCUGGAGAAGGAAAUGGCUUUUCGGACAGAGAUGGGUUUGUACUAUUCCUACUACAAGACCAUUAUCGAGGCUCCCUCUUUCCUGACUGGCCUCCACAUGGUCAUGAAUGAUCGGCUGACAGAGUACCCCCUGGUCAUCAACACUCUGAAGAGAUUCAACCUUUAUCCAGAGGUGGUCCUGGCCAGCUGGUACCGCAUUUACACAGGCGUGAUGGGCUACUUCGGUAUUCCCACAAAGAUGUGCUGGUCCAUUAACAGAGGAGAGGGACUCACUCCUGUGGACAGCUGUGAAGGGAUGGGCGACCCGGCGUAUUUCUACGUGUCCUGCGUGUUCCUGCUGAACGGCGCCAUGAUGAGCCUGUUCUUCAUUUACGGUGCCUACCUGAGCGGCAGUCGACUGGGCGGCGUGGUUACCACAAUGUGUUUUUUCUUCAAUCACGGCGAGAGCACUCGUGUGAUGUGGACUCCACCCCUGAGGGAGAGCUUUGCCUACCCCUUCUUAGUCCUGCAGAUGCUCCUCCUUACCUACAUCCUCAGGACACGGAACCCGAGCAGGACAGCCAUGGUCGCUCUAGGCGUCUCCAAUUUGUGCUUCAUGCUGCCUUGGCAGUUCGCCCAGUUUGUGCUGCUCACUCAGGUGGCGUCUCUGUUUGCUUCUUACAUCCUGGGAUACCUCGCGGCCUCCAAGAUGCAGUCCAUCCUGGUCACUCACAUGAUCACACUCGGCGUCUGCUUCAUCCUGAUGUUUGGCAACUCCAUGCUGCUCACGUCCUUCUACGCCUCCUCACUCGUCUCCAUCUGGGUAAUCAUUGCAUUGAGGCAUCGAUUUGCUCAAGUCUUCAGACCUGGAAUUGUUAUCUGGGUCAUGCAGGGUUUGGCUUGGGUCGGGUCCACAGUUUUGCUCAAAUUCAUGCUGUCCACAAUCCUCUGUGCCUCAGAUGAUGCUCACAUCAGUGGAUUGAUCAAGUCGAAGUUCACGAGCUACAAGGACUUCCACACUCUGAUGUACACGUGUGCUGCUGAAUUUGACUUCAUUGAGUUAGAGACUCCUCUACGUUACCUGAAAACAUUACUUCUGCCCAUCAACAUGCUGGUGGUCGCUCUCAUCGCUGGCAGGACGGUCCAGGAUAUAGUCCGGUUCCUGAGGGAUGGAGGGCAGACUGCCGAUGCUGAUGAAGCUGCAGGGUCAGAAAGUGCCGGCAAAGGAGAGCUGGUGUACCACAGUCUGCAGCUGGUGGCGUUUACCGUCCUGGCCGUCCUCAUCAUGCGCCUGAAGCUCUUCCUGACGCCACACAUGUGCAUCAUGGCGUCGCUCGUCUGCUCUAAACAGUUGUUUGGCUGGAUCGGGGAGAAGUCUAAACACCAGAUUGUGGUGUUUGCACUCAUGGCGAUCAUGGCUGUACAGGGAGUGGCCAACCUUCAGGCCCAGUGGGCGAUCAUUGGAGAGUUCAGCAACCUGCCGCAGGAGGAGCUGCUGGACUGGAUCCAGGAAAACACCCUGCCCGAUUCUGUGUUUGCCGGGGCCAUGCCCACCAUGGCCAGCGUGAAGCUCUCCACAGGUCGGCCCAUCGUCAACCACCCCCACUAUGAAGACGCUGGUCUGAGGGAGAGAACCAAGCUGGUGUACUCCAUGUACAGCCGCAUGUCUGGAGAAACAGUAAAGAGGAAUCUGAUGAAGCUGGGAGUGGAUUUCUUCGUCUUAGAGGAUUCUUGGUGCACCAGGCGAACCAGGCCCGGGUGCAGCAUGCCAGAGAUCUGGGACAUAGAGGACCCCCAAAAUGUCGGUAAAAUCCCCCUCUGCACCCACAUGUCCAGGAACUCACGACCUCACUUCACCACAGUCUUUUCCAAUGACAUUUACAAAGUUCUCAAAAUCCCCAAAGCGACCAAAGAUCUCAGAUAACAUCAUGGGACGUACUUUUUUCAACAACCAACUUGUUUUUCCUCCGCUUCUUUUUUUUUAAAAUACAUUUUGGUCGUUCACUGCCGUUGCUGCUUUUUACUUGUUACUUCCUCAAACUCCCCCCACAGUUCCACUUUUUUGCAGUGCUCUGACUCCCCGAGCGGUGGCUGUUAAUAGGUUGGAUGAGUCUCUCGGUGCCCUCACAGUUUUCAGUAUUUGACUUCACUUUUUGCUGCAUCAUCCAGCGAUGUUUCCACUACGCUUUAGUCGGUGCCCAAUUGAGCACCUGACGGUCUCGUUGCUCUUUAUUCAGUUUCUUGAAUUAGUUCUGUUACACAGAAUCUUUGUUCUAGGAAGCGCUGUCCGCACAGAGAUGCUGUUCAAACAUCAGUGUUGUUUUCUACUGUAAAGAAUUUAUUUUCUUUGACUUGCGCUGAAGAAGUAAUUUUUGUCUGGCGGGACCAAUCGAUGAUGUCCACAUACUGUGAAGCAAUACCCUUUGCAAACUUGACAAAAGCUGACUUCUUCUAUUGUUAUGCACAGUGUUGAUCCCUGAAAAGACUUUUCAGUAGUACACUAUUUUUAUAAUUUAUUUGUGUGAGUAUUUUUAUGCAAACCUAAAGGUGUUAUAACUUUUUCUUUAGAAGCGAAAAGUAUUUUAAGAGUCUUCGGAAUUGCAGGGAAAAUUCUGUUCUUGUGUUUGAAAGCUUUUAAAAAUCUUUUUCUUUUUUUUGCCUUCACUCAAGAGGAUUUUUAGCAAAAUUUCACACAGUAGAAACGUUUUUUGUUCUUUAUUCAUUUAUAAACUGAUGGGAAGAGAUUUUUUUUUAUCACAAAACAGAAAAAAAACAAAACAACAAGGUUUCCCCUAAAUGUGCCCUGUUACAACGUUUUUGUAAAACACAUGUUUUGUAAAAUACCAGUGUACAGUACAGCCUUUAAAAGGUACUUCUUUGUUUCCUGGAUGAUUGUUUAUUGCCAAAGUAAAUCUUGUCAUUAAAGCUGCGUAUUUGAGGUGCUGUAGCACAUGAAAGACGUGUUUUAGUGAUUGAGAACCGUCAGUUUGUGAGUUCUGUAACAGCCAAUCUAAACUACUUGUAGCAGUGGAGUUCAUGUACUUGGUAGCAGUCCUCGAUUACGUCUCGUAAUCUUCACAUACAAUUUUGACAACAAGCGAGUAAGUGUAUUUCCCAAAAUAUCAGACUGUUCCUAUGAGAGGGAAGAGUUGAUGUGUUGGAUGAGCGGCAACAGGAGAAAUGAACAUUAUCACUUCUUCCUCCCUGAUGUCUCGUCUUCCUCCAGCAACAGCAUGAAUUUCAAACCUUGCAGACAAAUGGGUUGCAUUUUCACUCCUCCAACAUGACGACAUCCUUGACAAUAGUUACAUACUUAACUAAUAUUCGGGUUUUGUUUAUAGAAAGGCUGCAAGCUUCUCUCAGCUUUAAUGUUUUUGUUGUGUGUGCGACAGGUUGAAAUCAUUUCAGUACAGCACACCUUGUUGCAGCUGAUUUCGUUGACUGUGAACCAGAGUGAGAUUUUAAACCAAACAAAUGUACAUUUAGAAUUCAAAAAGUCCCACUAUGGUGAGAUUAAAAGUGUCAAAGCAAGCAGUUGACAAAAUCAUGAACUACACAGUUAAUCUGUCCGUUCGAGGUUUCACGGUGUAGACGUUGGCGUGUAAGUCAAGUGCCCGUUCUGAGGGACUGUGGCCGAAACUUUGACAUAAAUAGGUUAUUGCUGUCGAAGGCAUUGCUGUGUGUUUCGGACGUCUUUUAUAAUAUUUGUCUAUUUUGUCUGUAUUUUGAAAAAAAAAUAAAAUAAAAGUACUUGCCGUCA